AUGUCUUUUGAGAACUCAUCUGCAGAGGCUGUGACGUUGGAUCCAUCAGCCACUUCAGCGACUCUUACAAAGCCAAAAAAGUCUAUAAAGAAGAAGCGUCGGCCGGCCCGAGCCCAAGUCGACCCUGCUACCUUCAAAGGUGGCGCGAUUCCAGACCAAACAGGGACGGUUUUCAAUAUCUGGUACAACAAAUGGUCAGGAGGCGACCGCGAGGAUAAGUAUAUCUCAAAGUCGCAUGCUGAGGGCCGCUGCAAUAUUGCUAGAGACUCUGGAUACACAAAAGCCGAUAAAGUACCUGGGAGCUACUUCUGUCUCUUCUUUGCCAGGGGACUUUGUCCAAGAGGUCAGGAAUGUGAAUAUUUACACCGACUCCCCGCCGUGACGGACCUCUUCAACCCGAACGUGGAUUGUUUCGGAAGAGAUAAGCACAGCGACUACAGAGAUGAUAUGGGCGGUGUUGGGAGCUUCAUGAGGCAAAAUCAUACGCUUUACGUAGGCAGAAUUCACGUCAGUGACGAUAUCGAAGAGGUUGUUGCGCGACAUUUUGCGGAAUGGGGUCAAAUCGAGAGAAUUCGAGUAUUGAAUUCUCGCGGCGUUGGGUUCGUAACCUACACCAACGAAGCAAACGCUCAAUUCGCAAAGGAAGCCAUGGCUCAUCAAUCUCUUGAUCAUAACGAAAUCCUUAACGUCCGCUGGGCGACCAACGACCCCAACCCCAUGGCACAAGCCCGCGAUAAGCGUCGAAUUGAGGAACAAGCCGCUGCAGCUAUUCGUCAUGCCCUUCCGGCUGAGUUUGUUGCCGAACUUGAGGGCAAGGAUAAGAACGCUGCGAAAAAGAGGAGGAUUGAAGGGUCAUUUGGCCUUAGGGGAUACGAAGUUCCAGAGGAAAUUUGGUAUGCUCGCGGUCCUGAUGCCGUAAAUCCCGCAGGACGCACGGUAGAGGGAGGUGAAAAUACUUUAAUGAUCGAACAGGGCGCCCAUACAACGGUUGCAGGGGAGAAGGAGGAAGGAGGAAUUAUAUCGAAUGAGAUGAUGGCAGCCCUGAAGGGCUUCCAACAAAGUGGAGCUAGAGUCACAACAAGGUCGGAAAACACUGGAACUGGGCUUUCCUUGGUAGACUAUGGAAGUGAUAGUGAUUGA